UAAUCUGGAACACAAAGCGAUAUAAACAAACAAACAGACCCCAAACCCCAGAAACACAAACAACAUUUGACGAACAGCAGCUUGAGCAGCUUCUCAAGAUUCAGAGCGUGAAACCCAAGACAGAACAUGGCGAGCUCGUUAGAAGAUGUCCAAACAACCGACUUGAUGUCUGAACUCCUCCGUCGCAUGAAGUGUGCUUCUAAGCCCGACAAGCGCCUCAUUCUUAUCGGUCCGCCUGGGUCAGGCAAGGGUACCCAAUCACCUAUCAUCAAGGAUGAAUACUGCUUAUGCCACUUGGCUACUGGUGAUAUGCUGAGAGCAGCUGUUGCAGCUAAAACUCCACUUGGCAUUAAGGCUAAGGAAGCCAUGAACAAGGGAGAGCUUGUUUCUGACGACUUGGUGGUUGGUAUAAUCGAUGAAGCUAUGAAGAAGCCUUCAUGUCAGAAGGGUUUCAUUCUUGAUGGCUUUCCUCGCACAGUUGUCCAAGCAGAAAAGCUUGAUGAAAUGCUCGAUAAGCGGGGAGCAAAAAUUGAUAAGGUGCUCAAUUUUGCAAUUGAUGAUGCUAUACUGGAGGAGAGAAUCACUGGUCGUUGGAUACACGCUUCAAGUGGUCGGAGUUACCACACUAAAUUUGCACCUCCAAAAGCCCCUGGUGUUGACGAUGUUACUGGAGAGCCACUGAUGCAACGCAAAGAUGAUACCGCAGAAGUUCUUAAGUCAAGGCUGGAAGCAUUCCACAGGCAAACUGAACCGGUCAUAGACUACUAUGUAAAGAAGGGUGUUGUCGCACAUCUUCCUGCAGAAAAGCCCCCAAAAGAGGUCACAUCCGAGGUUCAGAAAGUUCUGUCUUCAUGAUUAGGAUCAUUGCUCUUCCUAUACUUUAAAAGCAAUACUGAAAUAUUUUCCUGAUGUAAUCCAGUACAUUACUGGGUCGGCUUUGCCCCUUCUGCAAUAGCGUUUUUCAUUUAUUAUCAGGCUGUUCGAGCUCCGUCUCCUUUUGAGUUAAGUGAAGAUAAUGUUGUAACUUUCCUAAAAUAAAACCCCCAAAUACCAUGAAGUAUUUUUUGCU